UCACGAAAAGUGAGAGUCAUCAAAGGUCACCGACCUAUAAAACAAUGACUCGAGCCGAACAACAACAAAAGAAUCUAUAAAUAGAAAAAAAAGAAUAAAUAAAUAAAUAAAUAGAUAAAUAAAUAAAUAAAAGGUAAAAACUAGUGUAGUGUACGAAAACAGAUAGUAAAGAAGAAUAAAAAAGAAACAAAAUAAAAUAAAAUAAAGUAAAUAAUAUAAUAAUAUUUCGGAAUGGCUGUUCUAUUUUUGGCGAUUCCGUAACGGUCGAUCUUUUCCUUGUAAAAGUCGAAGCAUACAUUCAAAUUUAACUGAAAUUAUUAUUUUAAAUUUAUUACUUAUUCACGAAAGUGAGAGUCAGCAAAAGUUCCCGACCUGUAAUAACAAUGACUCGUAAGACAAUUUGACAAAAGAAAACUAGAAUAAUGGACAAAGACAGAUCAUCAGUAAUAAAGAAUGACAAUCAUUGAAAGGCUCUACUAAGCUGAGAAAAAACUCGUCAUGUUGAGAGAAUGGAGUGCUUGAAAGAGUUUACCAGUUUGAAGUUGAUGAGGGUUAAGUUAGAUGACAUUGCAGUGUUUCUAAAACACACUCAAAAUCGAAUUUUUAAAGUGAAAAAUCCCAUGACUCGAGCUUGGAUCAUCAAUGGUUAGAAACGCUGUCGCAUUGCAUGUCCGAAGUUGAUUCAAGUGCUUUCACUUUAUGUUUAUUUUCAGAAACAUUUCUUUGUUAGUUUGAAAAUCUGGAAAUAUGGUAUGUAUUUUUUCAACUACAUACUAUUGUUACUAUAUCCAUUUUACGAAGUUGUUACUGAAGUUUGAGAACUAAAUGUUAUAAACUGCAGACACAAACAGCAAAAAAAGACAAAUAUUCCACUCUUUUGUUUAGCCUAAAGAGAAAAAGAUUCGUGCUGGAGGAAAAAUUAUUCAUCCAAGUAGUCGAAAAGCAAAACAAUUAUCUAGACGAGAAUGUCAUGUUGGAAGAGUAAUCAAACAACGUCAGAACACAAGAGCAAAAUACAAUAAUCUUCGACAAAAGUUACUGUGGUUCAAAGAAAAUCUUGAUUUAACACAUACUAAGUAUUCAAAAAAUGAAUUCUAUGACAUAAUCAAACGAUAUUUAAAUCGUUUUCAAGACGAGCUCGAGCAAAUUGAUUUGAAAAAUCAAAUUGGAGAACGCCAAAAAACGCCUCAAUAUGUAUCAAGAAAAUCAUUGAUUGCUACAACCACGGGAACUGAGAAAAAUGAAUUUGAAUCAAUUGGCUUAGAAAUACCCAAUCUUACACAAGCCAGUAUUGUCGAAGAACUCAAAAAAUGGGACGGUAGCAUUCGAUUUAUGUCUCGUUUGAAACUAUCUUUAGUUAAAAAAUCAUUAUUUGAUAAUGAAAAUAGUAAUGGAGAUGAUUUAGUUUCAACAACAGUAUCCAUAGAUGUGAAUGAAGAUGAUGAUGAUAAUAUCGAGGAAGAUGAACAAAAAAAUGUGACCAAUUCAGAAUCUGACACAGAAGCUGAUUUGAUUUUAGAAUAA